CGGAACCCGGAAGUUCCGAAGUGCCGCUCUGGCCGAGGCUGGGGUCGCUGGGGUCGUCGGGGUCGCCGGGGUCCUGAGGCCUGCAUGGCGUCGAUGCGGAGGCAGGUGUUUGUUGGAAAAGUGCUAAAGAGACUUUAUCCUAAUGCUCCACGAGGCCAAGAAAAGAGGGCCCUGGGGAGUCCAGCCUCCAAAAACCCACCUGAGAAAGCGGCUCCUGCGAAGGUGAAGGGCGGGGGCGCCCCCCCCAGGACAGGUGGCGACACUCAGACCCAGCCUGUGCGCCGGCUCUACACGGUGGGCCUGCCUCCCGAGGGCUGGGUCCCCCGCCCCCCGGAGCCCCCUGGCUGCAUGGGUCCCGAGAGCGCCUCUAGCUGCGAGGGCUUCUCCAGCGGCGAGGACUCAGGAGAACAGGAUCUUCAUGAUCAACCAAAGAGAAGAAGAAUUAGAAAGCACAAAUCCAAGAAAAAAUUUACAAAUCCCAAUAACGUUCACAUGGAACAAGCAGAAUUAGAGAAACAGCAGAGUCUUUUACAAGAAAAAUUGCAGCCAUGGCACCCAGAUGGCCCCACAAUCAGCAAAAACAAAAAAAGGAAGCUGAAAAAGAAACAGCAGAUUGAAAGGAAGAAAGUGGCUGGUUUACUACCAGGGGCCUCUGGGGUCAGCUUCAUGUACCAGCCAGAGGAGGACAGCAGUGAGCAGGACGGCGUGGGGGAGAGCCACGGGGGGGCCGUCCCAGAUGCCGGGGGCGAGGGGACCCCAGACGUUGAAGAGGAAGACGUUGAAAGCACCCAGGAAAAGGUGGCUGGUAUCCUAAACUUUCUGAAGUCAACACAAGAAGUUUAUUUUUAUGACGGUGUCUCCAAGGAUUCAGAUUCCUCUGUCUUUAUGGACGCCACUGAAGAACUGUUUAAACAUCUUGAAACUCACAGCAUGUCCUCCUCAGAUGUGUUCAUGCUGGAUCACAUGAAAACACUGUUACUUUUGCGGGAUACUGAAGGACUGACGCGUGCCCUGGAAGUGUUCCCGGAACACUGCGGGAUGCCACCCGGAAAAGCUGUCCUGGUCCGCCUGUACGCACUUGGCCGGUCCUGGCGUUUCCCCCCGUCCGGUGCCCUGGUCCACUUUCUCCGGGGAAUGUGCCCUGACUUUGGAUCUUCAGAGCCUCCGGAGGCUGAAGCUGGCUGUGGGCGUCUGCAGCCUCUGCGCAGUGCCGGGCGCGCCCUGGAGCUCCAUGAGGCGGCUGCUGCUCUUAGUUUUCUCCUCUUGACGCAGAAGGUUCUGGAAGCAGGCUUCUCCUGAAAGUGUGGAAGCUUCAGUCUGCGCGACUCUCUGUUGGUGCCCAGCGGUUCUGUGGGGAUGCUGGUGAGCAGACUUCUGGCCUUCAGGCUUCAGACCCGGAGCUCAAGGGGAUGUUCUGAAUGUCACGGUCGCUAGAAGCAGCGCAGUGAUGCAGGGAGGAAGAGCGUGGACACCGGCCAGGCGGAGGAGGACCUGCUGGCGGCCCUGUCUGCCGGCUGUGAUCAGUGGUGGCUUCAUUCUCCUCGGGUCCUGCCUGCCUUUCUCAGCCUGCGGGAUGCAGAUGCGCCCUCCUUCGCAGGACUGGCCUAAGUAGCACGUGGAUUAACUCGAGGUGAUGCCCCAUCGCGGGACCCAGCACGCAGUGGGGUGGAGUUUCGGCUCCGGGGCCCAGCCACAGAACCUAAGAAGGUGGAGGGAACUCUCCCUGCUCCAGUACCAGCAAGAAGGUUGAGCCUCGAGACCUGUUCACAAACUGGCAGGGUAUCAGCCAGGACCGAACAAUCAGACAAAAACUCAUGGGUGCAAGGGACUGGAACAUUCCAACAUGAACACAGACAGUAACUGAUGGCAGCUGUCAGGAAUCAGCCACCGGAGGCAGUGUUCGCAGAAGAGGUCCAGGGGACACCUGUGGAGAUCCCAGGGGCCGCCUUGUCUCCUCCUCCUCACAGACUCAAUGCUAACAUCCCAGGACUCUGCUGGGCACUGGGCCACGUGGAUGAAAAGUGGGGUCUUUCCCUCAAGGAGCUGAUUGUCCUGUUUACACUCUGGGGCCAGCUGGCUGCUGUGUGUUGCGUUGCUACCACGUCGGGGAGUCGUGGAUAAAACCCCAGCAGAUCCACAGGGGUGAGUAUGGUCUCCCGUGGGCAUAAGUGCUCACUGGCAGGACCGUGACUGGCGGUGUGUGAGGAAUUGCCCCAGACGAGGCUGGCUUGGCUGCACUCGGCACCGGCUCAGGCCUAAAGUGUCCGAAGGGUUAACCGCAGCCACAGAGGUGCUCCAGAGGAAGGCUGAUUUUAAGGACCUUGCACCGAGGACACCCCAGCAGGAAGGGCAGAGCAGGGGAUGCGCUCCGUCCGAGAGCCCGGAGGACCACGGCUCCGGCCAGCAGCCCAAGGCCAAGUGCGGAGAGAAAGAAAGUCUUGUUUAUUGAUUGUAAGGAUAAAAAUUCUUAUUUUUUAUUAUUAAUACACAUAAUCUCUCUCUAUUCUCACAACACUUUGUUGCCUUUAGGAAAUAUUAUUUUUCAUGCUGUUAAAAAUUAAAGCGAAAAGUACAAAUAAGAAAGUAAAAUACUGCCCCCUGAAUCCCCUGACACAGAAACGAAGAUGGUUCCUUUUCUGAACACGGAGACGAGAGCCAAGCCGGUGGUUGGGAAGAAUUUUGUGAUAAAAGACUCAAACGAAGAUAUUUACCAACACUAAUGGGCGUUAGAGUUCAUUAUACUUGACUUUAACAAGUAAAAAUUAGCGUUUGAGGAGAAGAAACUGAAGUGAGAUUAAAGGAGGUGCUGAACUUUGUAAAACUGUUUCUUCCCCCAAAGAAUACUAGUUCCUCAAGGAUCCUUGCAGGCAGUCUCCCUGCGGGGCUGAGCCUCUCACAGGGAGCCUCGUAACCUGAGGACCCACCAGUCGCCGUGCAGGACACUCUCCUGCAGCUCCCCCAGUGCCACCUGCCCACAGGUGUUCCACCAACCUGCACACAGGUGAGGAAACUGUUUACAGCAUCUGGGCUCAGCCUCAGCUCUGUGUCACGUAGGAACACAAGGCAGUUUGCGCGCGCGCGCACACACACACACACACACACACACACACACACACACACAGCUGCAGUGUGUCCUGGGGAGCACUGCGUGGGGGAUGGUAGUUUCCUUUUGCACCAAGAACUGUGCACCUUUUCUGAAAAUAAAUCCCCAGGGCAACGUCACUCGUGUUGCUGGGUCACCAUCGAGUGGGGAGGGGAAAUACUGGAAGGCCAUGCCCAAAACCGUGAUGCUGCCCACCCGCACAGUGGGUGGGCUGUGCCCUGUGUGGGAUGAACUCCUGGUGCCCACCUGCCCAGUUUCUCUCCCCAGCAUUCACCAGGGCCGGUUUGGGCACCCAGCACCUUGUGGGUGCUGAGGACGGGUCUGUGCUGCUGUUUACAGCAGAGUCUGUUUUUAGGAAGCAUGUUGGUGGUGCAGGUCGGCAGUGUUGCAAGUGGCAGGCAACUCGGAUUGUGAGGGAGCCCAGAACACUCAGGCCAAGUCUGGAUCUGAAGAGCAGGGCUGUCACUUUGUCACACCUGUGUCCCCAGCACACCCAGGCCACCAAGGAGAGGCCGUGAGAAGGCCUCUUAAAACUCCUGGAAAAGAAAUAUCUGCAGGGGUGAUUCCCUUUCCAGGUCGCCCAUCCCAUGAAGACUCCGUGAACCCUGAGGACCUUGUGGAAUAAAUCCCCCACUUCAGCUCUUGCUACAUGAAGGGUGAUUUUAAUGGUCUCGUUAUUUGGCUGAAGUCUGCCUUGGCGAACUGGCAAGAGAAGAAUGACAGUUUCCUCCAUGCUCUGUUCAUUACUGGAGCUUCCACGUUGACUUCCUCAGAGCACAUGCGGCAGAAGAGAGAGUUCAGCCUCUGCCUCUGACGUGGUGCCUGGGACUCGGGGAGGCGAGGAGAACCGGCCUGGAAGGGGCUCUGGGUGCCUCACAGCAGAGGGGACAGUGGGGCCUCUUCUCACUGCUGGCCCCUCACGCUUCCUGGGUGACCACCCACGGGGCCCCCGGAGUCGGGAUGAGCCAGUGACCACCACGUCUCAAGUCUUUGAAGUUAGAGAGUCUUGCCCUGUGUGCUCCCAUGCCUGGCUCUGUCCUCCCAGGACAGAGAAGGAGGACGGUCCACGUGGCACGGUGAGGCUGGGGCCCCAGAGUCCACGUCGAGGGCCAGCCCCGUGGUGAGAGCUGCAUGACCAAACCUCAGAAACUGCCAGCAGCCGCCUGGAGCCUGGGACAGAGGACAGAGGCCAGCGCCAGCAGUGACCGGGCCGGACAGGACUGUGCUCCCCAAGCCUGAGAAAGCACAGCCCUGGAGGCCUGGGGAGGCCCUUCCUGGUCCCACUGUGCGUGGUGGCGCAGACUGAGCCAUGGGCAUAGGAGUCAGGGCCCAGGGUGGGGGCGUGGCAGGGCCCGGAGCGCAGAGUCUCCGCCCCUGAACCCACACAUGGAGCCCACUGAGAAUCCAGACUCUGGUGCUCCUGGGGGCACAGAGUGAAGGCCAGCCGGCAGCACCCCCUCUGGUUCCUCCAGCCCUGAGUAGCUGUCAUGUCACGGGAGCAGCAGAAAGAGACGGGGUAGCGGGGCCCAUGGCUCAGGGGAUGGCAUGGGGUGGACGGUGCCCAUGGUGACGCAUCAGUGGCUCUGUUCCUGGCAACUUGGAGAGCCCAGGCUCUGCUGUCCCCUCUGACUGUGGCUUGUAGCUGCCCCCGGCUUCCCUGCAGCCAAAUCCCCGAGGGACACACACUCCUCACACACUGGCAGACCGUCUCUGCCGCAGAAAGGCCACUGCAUCCGUUAAGCUCUUCCCGCGGGCUCGGCCUGUGGAGAGGCUGGGGCGCCGAGGGUUGGAGGCCAAUGCCCGUGGCUGUGGCGGCCGUGGGCUCUGGUUUUCCAUCCUUCCUUUGAGGAUUGUCCGGUGGGACAGAUGAAUCAAAGAUUAGACACUCAGUGGAACUUAAAAUGCUUAGAAUUUUAUUUCUCUGUGACAUUUUCAUCAACAGAGGAAAAUUUUAGUGAAAGUUGAAAAGGAGGCUCACAGGAGGCAUAAAAGAAACAGAGAAAACGCUUGACUCGUCGCCAAUGUGUGCUCACCUGACAGCCAGACCCUGGUGCAGAGAAGGAUGGAGACCCCCGGCCCGGGAAGGCUUGGCACUCAGCAAUCCCCCAGUGCGGGGAAGGGGGGAAGAUUUGAAAAGCCUUCUUGUUCUCAAACGUUUGGGCCUGUUUUACCCCAACUGGGCAGUCUUUCGGUGGGGGUCACACUAGUGUCGUCAAUGCAGACGAGAAGGGAAACAAUAAAAAAUCCAAUCCUGACAAGUUCUCACUCGUGUGGCUGGUGGGAGACACACGGCACCCGGACGGCGUUCUAGAAAUAAUUCUGCAAGUGGCUCUGAGCCUCGGAACCCACCCAGCGUUACAUCUCCAACAACUAAGGACGAAUUGUGUGUACAUGUCUGCACACACACCACAUGGGCAUCGUAUGUUACGUGCAGUACUGUGUAUUGUCUGCAGUAGAAAUACAGUGUUGUUAUGUAACACGUAACACACACUGACAGUUUAUCACCAGUGCUAAAAUUCAGAUUUUCACUUGAAAGCCCGAAUUUUGGAAAACUCAUAUCCAACACCACUGCUCAUAUGGCUUCAUCUUCCACAUUGCAACCAGCCUGUAGAACCUGCAGCUACUGAGGUUGGCUGUUGCAUAGCAAUUGUCCGUAAUUGUCGGAGAAGCAUAUCAACACACUCCUGUCUUUCCCCACUCUACAGUAAGUUUGCUGAAGAGUUGGUUUUGAAAAUUAUACUUAUUGUUCACUAAAAUACGUAACUUGUGGUAACAUAAGGGGUUUAUUAUUGUUUUUUUAAAAUGAGUUAACAUGUAUUUCUAAAUUUCUGUUUCACUUCGAGCAUGGUAAACAUCGACAGGCAUUUACACGUAAGCGCAGCUCCCGGCGUGCACAGUGACUUCCUGGUAUGUCCGCAAUCCCAAGAGGCAGAGUACAGGUGAGACUGGAGUACCUUAGCCCAGGAAGCACGUGCGUGCUCAGAACCGCAGAAGAACUCACCAAAGUGUCAGAAACGCCAGCUUAGUCUCCCGCUGGCCACAUGUGGAAUAACUUGUGCGUUAAAGAGAACAGUGAUGUUAACGGAUGAAAAGGACCCUCUCCAAGACCUGAUUCUGCUGGCACCUAGAUCUCGGAAUUCCAGGCUCCGGAGCUGUGGGAGACAGAGGUCUGUGCGUAAGCCGCCCCGUCCAUGCUGUUUUGUUAUAGCAGCUUGCUGUGGUCUGAAUGUUUGUGUCUCUCCAGAAUUCACAUACUGAAUCCCCACCGCCAUGUAGUGGUGUGUGGGGGGGGCCCUUUGGGAGGUAAUGAGGUGGUGGGUGGAGCCCCCACAAGUGGGAUUAGUGUUCUUGUCCUCCACGUGAGGACGCAGGGAGGAGAUACUGUCUGUGAACCAGGAAGCUCUCACCAGCACUCCUGGCUGACAUCUUGAUCCUGGACGUCCAGCCCCUAGGACUGUGAGAAGCAGGUGUCUGUUGUGAAGCCGCCAGCCUGUGGUAUGUCGUUACAGCAGCCUGAAAGCCCCAGCUGACAGAGACGCCCAGAAGCUCCACACCAGGCAAUGCCAGGUCCUGUAGGAGAAGGGGAAGGUUACAGCUGAAAUACAGAGGAUCUUCUGAGGUCAGUUAAGAAGCCUUCUGGCCCUCAAGUCCCCUCUCCAGCUCCAUGCUGCCCAGUGACGGCACCUUUCUCAACCCUGCAAAGAUGGAGCUUGAGUCCCUAGAGAAGUGGGAGCCCCAUCAGGCUGGCUCCUCAUCCUUUGACAUGUUCCCACUAUGAGGACUUCCCUGCUGUCUGAAAGCACCAGAUAUCCCAGGCAACCUGAGAGCUUUCCGUGUCCCAGAGCCGAGAGCAGCCAUUUCUCCAGGGAACGAAGGGAUGAUUUCUAAAGGUAAACAUUUCAGAAUGAGAAUCAGUAUUUUGCAAGAUCCCUCCUCCCCACGUCCCCACCCAGUGUAACUCAUGAUACCAGGUAGAUUUGGGGUGCCUUCCACCCCUCUAGGUCCUCACAAGGUCCUGGUACAUAAAAAAAUAAAGAAAAUGUCAUUUUUCUUCCUGCACCUGGACAGGCAGUUUGAAUUGAACCAAAGUGAUGCAAGAAAAACGGAUGUGGGGCGUGAGGAGGGCCGUGUACCAAGCUUUGGUUCAGCCCCUGAGACGGGCCCAGCCAAGUGUGGGUCCUUGGCUUCGUGCAGGAAAGAAUUCAAGGGCAAGUCACAGUUGAGUAAAGGUAGAUUUACUCUGAGAGAUACAUUGUAAGGGAAGAGAAAGGCCACGAGGUUUGGGGGCUGGGUGCUCAGACUAGAAUAAAAGUAGGCACACACUCCAUAGAGUGCGGGCAACUCUGAAGAGAGGGAGAGAGAGGCAGUGGGGAGGCGCCAUAUUGCCAGUUUUUAUGGGCUCGGUGGCUUCAUAUGCUAAUAAGUGAAAGGACCAGUCUAACUAGCCUGGGGAAGGGGCUGGAGAUCCCAGGAAGUUGGCCAUUUCCCACUCUUUGACCUUUUGUGGCCAGCCUCGGGACUGCCGACGUGCCUGUGCGUAUGUUGUUCACCAUGUUAAUACAGUGUUAAUUACAACGAGCAUAUAAUGAAGCUCAGGAUCUGCUAGAAGUUAAAUCUCUCAUCACCUUGAGCCUCAGGGCCUCCUGGGGGUUGAAUCUUCCACCACUUUGAUGCUAAUUGCUGUAGCAUUCCUUGAGUGCCCUGCCCCCUUCCUGUCUCAAAAGCAUGAAUGUAAGCUCAGAAUAACCCACAUUGAUUUGCAGUGUCUAAUUCAACUUCAUUGAAAUAUCAGUUUUGUACUGAAUCUCCCCAUUGAAAAGAAAACCUAAUAAACCAGGAGAUGCGGCUCCCAAGCAAUGUAUUUUGCUAAAAUCACUGAACCUGGACAAGGCUGGACCACCGAUGUUGUAGAAUGCACGAGUAAACUAAUAUCUUCUUUGGUUAAAAUCAUUUCACUCCCUCGUUCGGUGGUUUUUAAACCACCCCAUAGCUGGAAUCCUAGACCUGCUUCUAAAUUGUACUGAAGGGAACUCCACUGUCUCCUUGGAUUCUACUUCCAGGGCUUAACUUGGGAUCUUUUCAUCGCAAAUAAGCAUAUUAAAGGUUUCUUUCCGCAUUUCCAGCCUCUUCCUCCUGCUUUAUCAAGUAAGAUCACAGCUGCCCCCAUGUUCUGCGGAUGAACGACCAGUGCUGCUCCGCUUCUGAGACCGCUUUCCUGAGCACCUGUCACGGAGGACGGCUCGUCCCCUUACAGGUGUAUGUGGACGUCCAUCUGCUGAUGAAACAGUCACCACAAGUGUCUGUUGUGUGGGCGCGUUACUUGUUAACUGUAUUACUGGGCUCGGGUGCCAAGCAGAACACCAAAGGCCAGGGCCUUAAACCACAGGAUUCACUUUCUCCCGCUUGGGAGCCUGGGAGUCCAAGGUCAGGUGCUGGGAGGCCCCUCCUGGCUGUGUCCUCACUGUGGGAGAGUGAGCCUAGUGUCCCUUCCUCUUCCUGUGGGGACACCAGUCCUGGGGGUCAGAAGUCCCCCUGUGAGAGAACGUGUGACAAGCCUCUGUCUCCAGGCCCCGCUGCCUCUCGUGUCCCCGCCGCCUGCAACCCCUCCCUGGGCGGUCAGUUCUCACCUCCCUUCCCGGUUGGUGAACUUGCUUUUCCCAGAGCUUCUCGCUGACCCUGGGUAUGUCUUCUGGGUAGACUCCAGCCAGUCAAGGCUGCUUUAAGUCCUGAUGGUCAGCCGCCUGUUUGCCAGGCCUCGGGGCGAGGGGCCCGUGGGACGCGCUCCCCAGGGCCUCUCUGCCCGGAGGGGGGCUAGCCUGUCUUCCAGGAGAUGCACUCCCAGGACAGAGAGGACCCAUCUUGACAUCCCCAAAGACCGGGUGUGAGUCCCAGCACUUGUGCGGCCUCUCCGGCGGCCGGCCUGUUUUCUCACCUGAAGACCUGGUGAUAAGUACCCAUGGGGAUUUGACGAGGAUGACACACAGCCCACUCGACACCUGGGCUGACACGGAACUACUCUGUGACUUCUGGUUGGGCUUCCUUAUCGGACGGCGGAUGCUGUCUGCCCAGCCAGGCUCAGGCGCCGCGCAGCUGGUCACCUCUUGGAGCCCCGUGCAGUCAGUGCCCCAGCAGGUGCUGAGGAGUCAUCAGCUGAAUGACCGUUAACGGCUGCACUGCCAGGCACGCCCUCAUCCAUCAAUUUUAGUCUCGGUGAGCUGUGAAUAUUUUUCCAGUGCUAUACCUGGCAUGCUUUAUUUUAUUUUUUUUUUUAGGGGGAGGGAGGUAAUUAGGUUUGUUUGUUUGUUUGUUUGUUUGUUUGUUUAUUUUAGAGGCGGUACCGGGGAUUGAACCCAGGGCCUCGGGCAUGCUAAUCAUACGCUCUACCACUUGAGCUGUACCCUUCCCCCAUCACUCUUGAUAAGACAGUUUUUUGUUUAUCAGUGGAGGAUUACUCUGAGUACAUAAGGUUGCUGCAGGUAGCGAGAAAAAUUCUAAUUUUCUCUGCUUCUAAUUACAGCUUUUGAACUGCCCUGUCGAUUUUGCUCAAAGUCAUUCUAGCUUGUAAUGCUAUAAAACAGAUUCGCAUGAACAUACACUUCUCCUGGUUAAGUCUCCUAACAGUUAGGAGUCUUUAUUAAGCAUCCGCUAAAAAGUGAAUGACUUAUGAUAAUUUUUGAUAACAGCUAUCAUUUUGGAAUGGCUAAUGCCAGGCAUUUGAAGGAAGAAUUAUAGUGGCUCCUGUUUAAUUAAAUGAUAACCCUUUCUCUAUGAGCUCUAGGAAGAACUGCAUCUUAAAGGCAGUGGGGAAGUUAAAAAUGGGAGCCAAGCACCAGGUCAGAAUCUCACGGCGCCAGGAACCGGCAGAAACGCCACCCCUUUCUUUCCGGUCUGUAAAAGGGGCCGCAUCUCAGACAGUGCGGAGGUGCCUUUGAUGGGGACCCUCUGCUCUGCCGGAGAGCUCAGGCAUUGGCAUGCUGUGCCCUCUCCCCUUUAACCCUAGAGACUUGCGUGUGAGGCUGUGACUGUGCAGGGCCAGGAGGUGUGUGGCCGUCAUUGUCGGGAGGAGUCUGCGGAUCAGAACAUGCCGGAGGGACAGUGAACGGGUGCAUCCUGCUGGCCGGGGCCAGCUCUGCCUGGAACAUGGUUAGGGCCGUGUUUCUCGGGCCUGAGCCCCUGUCCCUUUUCCGUGCCAUGCAUCUUAACACGCCCUGGAGCCACCUUGACUUAGAGUUUUCAGGACUCAGUAUGCACCUUAACUGCAGUGAGAGGGAGAUGGGAGAGGAGGGGUUUACGGGGAGCAUGCGUGUCUCUGCAGGGUCGUGUGUGGCGAGGACUGAGUGCCAGGGCUCUGGGGGCAGUGGACAGCGGGCAGGGCCGGUGUCACAUGGCCUGGCGUCACAUGGCCCGACAAUGCUUCCCCCGACAGUGAAGGAGUGACUCUCCUACCAGUGCAGAGCUGCAGGCCAAGUGCCCACGCUGUCCUGUCGGGGCCCCGAGACGCAAACAGGCUGUAAGGGAAGCCGUUUCCAGAAGUGCGGGAUCCCGGGUGGAGGGACCCUGGGAGCUGGCAGCAGCCGUGGGAGGAGGGAGGCCAAGGCUGGCCCUGCCCUUAAACACGGAGCCCCCAGUUAUCGGGACACUGCUGUCCCCCCUCCCCAUUGCCAAGUGCCCCAGAGGCUGUGGCCUCCCCUCCCCGCCUUGAGUGUGAGACUGUCGAGAGGCUAAAUGGCUGCCUCGUCCUGGAGGUGCUGGGUGUGGACUGAUUUCUGGCCCUGUGGCCCAGGCCCCCUCGUCCCUACAGCGUCUGACAGAGACAGUGCUGGGAGCCAGUGAGCCGUCUGCCCACCCUGUGCAGGGGCACAGAACCGCCCCCAAACGCCCCAUUUGGCACCUUGGUCACUUUGAGUGGAAUCAGCAGGUGCAGGACAGGCUCUCUGACCUUAUGUAAAAGGGCCUAUGGCUUCUUUGGGUCGUUUUCCUCCUGAGGACUCUGUGUACACGUGAAAAGAUUAAGUAAGUGCUUAGGCUCUUCUGCUAAGCUGCCUUAGGUCAGCUUAAUUCUCAGGCCUAGUCACAGAACUGGAGAGGGUAGAAGUUUCCUUCCUCCCACCACUACUGUUCAAUGCUUGUUACUGCAUCGUUGUGUUUCAGACAGGGCGACCAACAGGAACAGUAUUGAAAGUGCUUAGCAGGAGGUGGGACGUGGCACUGGGCAGCUGGAGCGGAUGCAGCUGUGGACGGGAGCGGGUCCAGGGCACCCGCCUGUGCCCGGCACGCAUCCUUCGCAGCUGGACCGUGAAGCGGGCCUGAGUCCUGGGCCACCAUGGCCAUUCUGCCAACAGGUGGGUCCCCAAGGCAGCAGACGAGCUUUACUCCAUGUUCGACCCCGUCCUCUGGACAGGCUGGGUGUGCGAAGCACCCACUGGACCGACCGUGUCUGAGCCACAGAGUCGUCGGAAGGGGUCCCUUGUGGAGGUGAGUGUGGAAUAACACACUUGUGCGUAAGUAAGACCUAACGGCAGGCACGCCGUGGGCUCGUUGCUAGAUACUCACCUGCGGUCUCUGUGACUUAAAAGAACCAUUUUCGGACCCUGAAUUCUUUCUAGGGACGUUCUUAGUAGAUGAAUUAGAGCGAGCACAUCCUUGUGGACGUGGGUCGGCUUGGACCCUGAGGGGCAGGUGUCCGCACGUUGGAAUCUGUCUGCACAGUGUGUCCACCACCGGCCAAGUGGCGUGAGUUUUCAGUCUCCACACCCCUCCUGGCACGCACUCGCCGGGAGGAGCAAGGCCGGCCGCACCAGCUCUCUGUUCUCUUUUGACUAGGGUUUGCUAUGGCAGACACAGACUGGCUGCACAUUUCUGUGCACCAGCCCCGCCCUCCUGCUCUGGACAGCAGGGCAGCUGCAAGUCUCGUCCUCGGUCAUUUAAUAAAAAAGAAAGAAGCUUGAAAGGGCUGUUGUGCCAAGACCAGGGAGGACCGAAGAGUGAGACAGCCCCUCCCCUGGGGUUCCAAGGAGGUACUCACAGAGGCCAGAGGGAGAGACGGGUGAGGGUGUGUCUGUCUGACCAUCCGUCUGUCCUUUCUGAUGGGGUGCGGCACCACCAGAGAGCCUCAUGGAAGAGGGGCACUGAGACCAGCCUAGAACGGCUGUGGGGCCCCUCGCAGGAGCAGGAACACGGGAAGGCGUCCCCACGAGUCAACAGAUGCUGCUAGCAAAGGCAGCGGACGUCUCCCGACAGUAUCAAAAGAAGCUCUGACGCGACACCCUCCCCACAAUUAAUCAGACAAUAUUACUAAAUUAUAAUUUGAAUGAUCUUUGCAAAAAGGUCUUGUAGAUGUGGGACGAGAAGGACAUUUCAGGAGAUGCUUUGGGAUGCAAGCUAUUAACCUUUACCAAGCUAAUUAAAGCCACCAGAGUUACCGUUGUCUGGAAGUGCGGCUGUGCUUCGCCUCCUUUUCCCCCAAGAUCACCACAUACGGAGACUUGGGGAUUUCUUCUUUCUUUAAUUUUGAAAAUGAGGCCUGUCAACCCUGUUGUGUUUACCCACCAAGGGCGUCCCGGACAGCCAGGUCUUCUCAACACUUGAGAUCAGCCCUCCCAGCGCCACUGACUGCGAACAGAUUUAGACCUUGCUGGGGACCGUCUUCUUCACAAGAAUUAAUUCGAGGAAAUUUGAAAAUGAACUCUUGUGACUCAGGCUCGCUUGGCUUGCCCACCAAUUUCCAUCAGUGUGUCUAUGUAAAUGUAAACUACAGACUGGAGCAAAUGUUCAGUCCUCCGCCUCCACUUGUCCAAGGUGAAGACCCACGGGCCACACCCAGAAAGGAGAAGCCGGGGGCCUGGGAGGAGAGGGGGGACAGGAAGUGGGCAGAUCCAAGUGUGGCAGGGAAGUGCACGGAAUAUCCCUGGAGGCACAUGUUUGAAGGCGUGGUUGAAACAAAACUGGGAUUUUUAAGAAAAGUGAAAACAACACAAUUUCCGGAACUUUAAGAUGUGGGCUGUUUUGAACUUCUGUUGGCUUUUGGCAAAAUCGAAUUGCAGCAGCUUCAGUCCCAGCUGCACCCGAAGCGAAGACAGUCCCAGGGAGCCAGCAGCCAGAACGGAGGAGGGGCCAUCGGGCACCUGCUGGGCAGCCUGCCGGCCUCACCCUGUGGCUUCAGGGCGCAGGGGAUGCGAUGAAAGACGGAGCGAGCUGCCGGGGCUGGGAGUGAGGCCGCAGAGCCGCGGUUUGAUCUGCUCACGCUCACGAAAGGAGGGUGACUCUCCUAUCAAAAAACCCCAUUCACGCUUGUUUCCUGGGCAAUUUUUCAGGAUCGCUAGCCAGAAACGUUACGUAAAGAAGCUUGCACAUACCUAGCACUUCCACAUGCGUUACUUCCGGGGAUUACACGGGAGGAGGAAGAAUCACCCCCACCCGGGCCUGGCCCUGCAGGGUCUCUGCCUGGUGCUGGCGCCACACGAGGUUCUUCUAGGAAGCUAUUUCACCCAAUACUGUAGACUGGAAUUUUCAAGCUGGAAAGAGUGAGCAACGUGACCAGCGGAAACAGGCAGGGACAGAGCUCCUGGCCAGGGUCCUGUCACGAGACACGGGGCCCAGGAGGAAAGUGAGUCGCCCACGAGCCCCUGGCGGUAAAAUACUAAGACCCAGAGAAGAGAGCCUGGCUACCUGGCAGCCAUGUGGCCAUUUUGUCCCCAGGACCUUUGGAUGCCCAGGCCAGCAAACCCGCGAUGAUGUUUGAACUCUCCUGCCCUCAGAGAAUACCAGGCAGCAAUGGGCAAAGUGACUCUGAACCAUCACCACUAAGGAACCUCCUCCUCAAGAUCCGCUAUGUGAUGUGUAAAAUAUGUAUUAUUACCAGAGGCUGUCUUUUCUGGAGGAAAAGCCCUCAGUAACCCUUUCCUACCGAGCUCUUAUUUGUGUUUUGGGUUUGUAGCCUAAUUAACCCUAGAAUGGAUGUUCGUUCACACAACUAACACACAGAACAAAAGGAAAUAAAGUGAGAGAACACCA